GGAGAGGGUUUUAUCUUUUCGUUGACGUUGUAGCUGUUCACUUUGAAAUCAGUCGAGUUUCGGGAGUCACCGCCGCUGUUGUCAAAAUGUCGGUCCCAAGCUCACUCAUGAAGCAACCGCCCAUUCAGUCGACGGCUGGGGCCGUCCCGGUUCGCAAUGAAAAAGGUGAGAUUUCGAUGGAAAAAGUGAAGGUAAAACGUUAUGUGUCGGGAAAGAGGCCAGACUAUGCCCCUAUGGAGUCCUCAGAUGAGAAGGAUGAAGAGUUUCAGUUCAUUAAGAAAGCCAAAGAACAAGAAGCAGAGCCCUGGGAACAGGAGGAGGAUUCAUCUAGUGACCCUCGGCUGCGGCGUUUGCAGAACCGUAUUAGUGAAGAUGUGGAGGAGAGGCUGGCUCUACACCGGAAAAUAGCGGAACCUGAAGUGCUUGGAGAAAGUGACUCCGAAGUAGAAGGAGAUCCUUGGCGCAUGGAACGAGAAGAUGGCAGUGAAGAAGAGGAAGAAGAGACUGAUGAAGGGGAAAUAGAACGGCGCCGUGGCAUGAUGAGCCAAAGAGCACAGGAGAGAAAAAAUGAAGAGCUGGAAGUCAUGGAGGUGGAAGAGGAGGGACGUUCUGGGGAGGAGUCCGAAUCAGAGUCUGAGUGUGAGGGGUACACAGACAGUGAGGAUGAGACGGAGCCUCGCCUUAAGCCAGUCUUCCUUCGGAAGAAGGACCGGGUGACGGUUCAAGAACGUGAGGCUGAAGCAUUGAAACAGAAGGAGCUGGAGCAGGAGGCCAAACACAAGGCUGAGGAGAGACGCAAGUACACACUCAAGAUUGCAGACGAAGAAACCAAGAAAGAGCUGGAGGAGAACAAGAGGUCUCUGGCUGCCCUGGAUGCACUCAAUACUAGUGAUGAAAAUGAUGAGGAGGAAUAUGAGGCCUGGGAAGUCCGGGAGUUAAAGAGAAUCAAGAGGGACACAGAAGACAGAGAAGCACUUGAGAAGGAGAAAGCAGAAAUUGAACCAAUGAGAAACCUAACUGAGGAAGAGAGGCGAGCUGAGCUUCGGGCAAAUGGCAAAGUCAUCACCAACAAAGCCGUUAAGGGCAAAUAUAAGUUCCUACAGAAGUAUUACCACCGGGGUGCCUUCUUCAUGGAUGAGGAUGAAGAAGUAUACAGGAGAGAUUUCAGCGCACCUACCCUGGAGGAUCAUUUCAACAAAACCAUUCUUCCCAAAGUCAUGCAGGUCAAGAACUUUGGACGCUCUGGUGGUACCAAAUACACCCACCUCGUGGAUCAAGAUACCACCUCCUUUGACUCAGCAUGGGGCCAAGAGAGUGCCCAAAAUACAAAGUUCUUUAAACAAAAGGCAGCCGGGGUACGAGAUGUAUUCGAACAGCCAUCUGCCAAGAAGCGGAAAACUACUUAA